GUUUUCUAAUUAAGAGUAAUCAAAGGAAAAUUAACUGUGAUUAGUUAAAUAGUGCAAAAAGUCACAGUGUUACAAUUCGAAAAAAAAAAAAAAAAUUAAUUUACAACCAUUUGUUUAAUUGUUUGAACAUACAAAGUUACAUUUCCAAAGAAAUGAUGAAACUCAUAAGAAUCCAAAAUAUAGUGGAAUAAUCCAUUUGGUUGACUUCAAAUGUUUAUACUUCCAACCAUGGAAACCAACCCAAACAUUACAAGAGUCCCCAAAUUUGCUAAAAUUCCAGGAAGAUAAAAAAGAUCUUCCCCUUCCCAAAACUAGCUUAUACCAAGUCUUCUAAAUACAUAAAAGAUUCACACUACAUACAUUUUCACACGAGCAAGUCGUGCAAAAUUACUACUACUUCUAAACAGUGAGAGUUGAGAGACAAAGACAGAUCACAAAUUCAAUACCUUAGAUCAGAUCAAGUGUAUGUUAAAUAAAUACAUAAACAAACAUCAUCACUUUAUUUUCAUUCUUCUUAAAAUAAAUAAAUUAAAUAAUAAUUAAAAAAGUCACCUUCAUCUACAAGGCUACUUCACCGACAAUCAAUCCCCCACAAAAUACCACCAAAUUUUAUCCCCAAUCCAAUCACUCCUCUCCACCUCACUUUAUCCCACCCUCUCAUUCCCUCGUCCCAUCUCCCUACUAUCCCAUCGCCACCACAAAUGGUGGUCGAACCUCAAACCAAAUGGACACCCCGUCGCAACAGCAACCCAAAACUCGACUCCUCCCCCGACCAAACCCUCCUCGAAAUGCCCCAAACACCUCCAUCCGACGCUCGUAACAACAACAACAUCCACCACCACAUCGCCGCCGUCUCCGCCACCACAUCCAUCACAACCCUCACAAUUGUCCUCGCUUGGUACUCCUCCAACAUCGGCGUCCUCCUCUUAAACAAAUACCUCUUAACCAUUUACGGUUACCGUUACCCUAUCUUCCUCACCACGAUCCAUAUGAUCGCUUGUACCUUCUACUCCUCCUUCGCAAUCCACUCCCUCCGCCUCGUCCCCGCUCAGUACAUCCAAUCUCGCAGACAACUACUCAAAAUCUUCUCAUUAUCAGUCAUCUUCUGCUUCUCAGUAGUAUGCGGUAAUGCCUCGCUCAAAUACAUUCCCGUAUCAUUUAACCAGGCUAUCGGCGCAACCACCCCUUUCUUCACCGCCAUCUUCGCAUUCGUAAUCACUUGCAAGAAAGAAGCUCCCAUUGUGUACUUCUCCCUCCUCCCAGUCGUACUGGGUAUCGUCAUUGCUUCCAAUAGCGAACCCUUAUUCCACCUCUUCGGAUUCAUCCUCUGCGUGGGGUCCACUGCAGGGCGAGCCCUCAAGUCUGUAGUACAAGGGCUACUCCUGACGUCGGAUUCAGAGAAGCUAAAUUCAAUGAAUUUGUUGAUGUAUAUGGCGCCAAUGGCGGCUGCUGUUCUGCUACCGUUUUCGCUUUACAUAGAAGGGAAUGUAGCUGGGAUAACAAUCAGAAAAGCGAAAGAAGAUUGGUUCAUUGUUUUUCUGUUAGUUGGGAAUGCUACUGUGGCGUAUCUGGUUAAUCUGACCAACUUCCUCGUGACGAAACAUACGAGUGCGCUGACGUUGCAGGUGUUGGGGAAUGCGAAAGCGGCGGUUGCGGCGGUGGUGUCGGUGUUGAUAUUUAGGAAUCCGGUCACGGCGAUGGGUAUGGUUGGAUUUGGGGUUACUGUCAUGGGUGUUGUGCUUUACACCCAAGCUAAAAGGAGAUCUAAACUUACAGCUCAUUGAAUUUUUUUAUUUUUUAUUUUUAUAUUUUUGGGUAAAUAAUGAGUAAAGAUACCAAAAACAAUUAAAAAAUGAAAAAAAAAAAAAAAAGGAAGGAGUAUUUUUUUUUAAAGGGGGAAAAAUUAACUCCAAUUACCAUCAUAGUGUUAUUACUAUUAUUACUCUCCAUACUUCAAAGUUGAUUAAAUUUGUUUCACUUCAAUUAUUAUAUUAUAUUGUGAUUUUUUUUUUUUUUGUUUUUUAAAAUUUGAUGGGGGAUAUUGUUGUUAUUCCAAAGGGAGAAGCAACUUGUGAUGAGCAUUAAUAGAAAAGAAAAGGAGAUUCCACUUUUUUCUUCUUCUUGUAAUUGUAUUAAAUUUGUAUAAGGACCAUUUCAAUAACAAAAGUUAUGCAAAAAGAAGAAUGACAUUAAUGUCUUCUUCCUUUUUUUUCUUCAA